ACAGAGAUGGAGAACAAGGAAGAAGAAGAAGAAGAAGAAAAGAGUGAAGGAGAAGACGAAGAGCGGAAUAGAGGAGCAGAAAAGAGAAGAGGAAGAGCAUGACGCGGUGGGCCGACGGAACAGGUGGAGAUGCCUCCGCCUCUGCCUCCGCCUCCGCCGACGAGGACAUGACCGUCGAUGACGACGAUGAGUAUGAGGAGGCUGAAGGGGGCAACCGCCUCCUUGGGUUCAUGUUUGGGAAUGUUGAUAACUCCGGUGAUCUUGAUGUUGAUUAUCUUGAUGAGGACGCAAAGGAGCAUCUUUCUGCACUGGCUGACAAGCUUGGUACAUCUCUUGCAGAUAUAGAUCUUUCUGUAAAAUCACCGCAGACGCCAUCUGAUGCUACAGAUCAAGAUUAUGAUAAGAAGGCAGAAAAUGCUGUUGAUUAUGAAGAUAUAGAUGAGCAAUAUGAGGGACCAGAGAUCCAAACUGCUACUGAAGAGGACUUUUUGUUGCCAAAAAAGGAUUUCUUUUCCAAGGAAGUUUCAGUUACUUCUUUGGAGAAUACAACUUCUGUGUUUGAUGAUGAAAACUAUGAUGAUGAAGACGAGGAUUUGGAAAAGCAAAACUUGGCAGGGGAAGGCAACAUUGAAGCUCAACAGUUUUCUCCAUCAGGUGAGCAGAACUACAGUCAUGAACUGCUCUCUCAAGGGGAAAGUCUUCCGGAUGACAUUCAUGGACCUGAAAUGGAAAACUCAGAUGUGGCGGAUACUGAGGAGCAGGAUGAUUCAAAUGCUUCUGAAGAGUCGACAGGUGGUGAUAUGUCUCCACUUCUUCCUGUUCUUUAUGUAGAGGAUGGGAAGGCAAUCUUACGGUUUUCAGAGAUUUUUGGUGUUCAUGAGCCCUUAAAGAAGGCAGGGAAAAGAGACUGCCGAUAUAUGAUAGCUAAAGAGAAAUACAAGUCCAUGGAUGCUUCUGACAUUGUUGAGGAAGAUGAAGAGAAAUUUAUGAAGGCGCCUUGCCAAGAUAUUUCUUGGAUGAGACCAGUUCACAGAAAAAGAGAUGUUUUCACAUUGGAUAUUGAAGGUGACUCUGUGAAAUCUGAAACUGUUCGGGGAUCUGGAAAGAAAUCAUUGGGAGUUGAAGAGAGCAGGAAGGAUUCUUGUGUUUCUGCUAAACCAAUGAAAGAUUAUCUAUCGGUGUCUGAUUUUCCGGAAUGGAACUCUCUUUUUCCACCCAAAUUCUAUCCUCUUGAUCAGGAAGAUUGGGAAGAUAGAAUUGUUUGGAAUAACUCUCCUGCUGAUAAUUUUGUAGAGAGUUGUGAGCUGUCUGGACCUGAUUCUGACACACUAGUCGAUAAGGAAGUGGAUUUGAAAGCUGAAGCACAAACUUACGAUCCAGAAAUCAAAAGUGAACCUCAUGAUAAGGAUCACAUAUCGUUUCUGAGUAAUUGUGCUGUUCUGGUGCAGCCUUUUAGCUCAAAUGAAUACUCCCAGUCAACAUGCCUUACAAUCUCAGAAAGUAGAAGUCAUCCCCAGCUCCUAAGGUUGGAGUCUCAAUUGGAAAAAUAUAAUACAAACUCUGAAGGAGCAAAAGAUGUUGCUACUGAAACGAAACCUUGUAGUGAUGCUAUAAGGCGUUUUAGUGAGCUCACCUUACAAAAUAGAGAUGUAGUGGAAGGAUCUUGGUUGGAUAACAUUGUCUGGGAACCACACCAGUCUAUUGUAAAACCAAAGCUAAUUCUUGAUCUCCAAGACGAGCAGAUGCUUUUUGAACUUUCAGAUAUGAAAGAUGGUAAACACCUGCAGCUACAUGCGGGGGCGAUGAUUAUAGAUCGUUCUCUACACCUCAGUGGUGGUGAUUCAGUCGACACACAUAAUCAUGGAAUUCUAUCAGCUGGACGGUUCAAUAUCUCUAAUGACAAAUUCUAUUCAAACAGGAAAUCCUCUCAGCAGCUGAGAUCUCAUUCCAAAAAGCGAACUGUUCAUGGGCUCAAAGUUUUACAUUCAAUACCUGCACUUAAGCUGCAGACAAUGAAAGCUAAACUAAGCAACAAAGAUAUUGCUAAUUUUCAUCGGCCAAAGGCUUCAUGGUAUCCCCAUGAUAUUGAGGUGCCAUUUAAGGAGCAAGGGAAGCUGGCCACCCAUGGACCGAUGAAAAUCAUUAUGAAGAGUUUGGGUGGGAAAGGAAGUAAACUUCAUGUGGAUGCUGAAGAGACCAUUGCCUCUCUGAAAGCUAAAGCUUCAAAGAAGCUAGAUUUUAAACUCUCUGAGCCAGUGAAGAUAUUCUAUUCUGGGAGAGAGCUUGAGGACAACAACUCUAUUGCUGAACAGAAUGUUCAUCCAAACUCAGUGUUGCACCUAAUUCGCACAAAAAUACAUCCCUUGCCUCGAGCACAAAAGCUUCCUGGCGAGAACAAGUCUCUGCGUCCCCCUGGGGCAUUUAAAAAGAAAUCUGAUCUUUCAGUAAAGGAUGGACAUGUUUUCUUGAUGGAGUACUGUGAGGAAAGACCUUUGCUGUUAGGUAAUGCUGGAAUGGGUGCAAGACUCUGCACAUAUUAUCAAAAGUCUGCUCCAGGUGAUCAAACGGGAAACUUACUGCGGAAUGGAAAUAAUGGUUUGGGGAGUGUUAUCAUUCUUGAUCCUGCUGAUAAAUCCCCUUUUCUUGGAGAUAUAAAACCUGGUUCCAGCCAAUCAUGCCUUGAAACUAACAUGUAUAGAGCACCCAUAUUUCAACAUAAAGUGCCAUCAACUGAUUACUUAUUGGUGAGGUCUUCAAAGGGUAAGCUGUCCAUCAGACGCAUUGACAGGAUUGAUGUUGUUGGACAACAGGAGCCGCAUAUAGAGGUAAUGUCUCCUGGGUCCAAAGGCGUCCAGUUCUAUAUCAUGAACAGGCUAUUGGUAUACAUGUAUAGGGAGUUCCGAGCUGCUGAAAAACGCGGUUUGCGUCCUUCUAUCCGUGCGGACGAGUUGUUCUCACAGUUUCCAAGCUUGUCUGAAGCAUUUCUUCGGAAGAGGCUGAAAAAUUGUGCUGAUCUACAGAGAGGAUCAAAUGGGCAUUUUCUCUGGGUUAUGAAGCGCAAUUUUCGCAUUCCUUCAGAGGAAGAACUAAGAAGGAUGGUGACACCUGAAAAUGUCUGUGCCUAUGAGAGCAUGCAAGCUGGCCUGUACAGGCUGAAAAGGUUGGGAAUUACGAGGCUGACUCAUCCCACAGGGCUUUCUUCUGCAAUGAAUCAGCUUCCAGAUGAAGCAAUUGCUUUAGCUGCUGCAUCACAUAUUGAGAGGGAGCUGCAGAUAACACCAUGGAACUUGAGUAGUAAUUUUGUUUCCUGCACUAACCAGGAUAGAGAAAAUAUUGAGCGUCUGGAAAUCACGGGUGUUGGUGAUCCUUCGGGAAGGGGACUAGGUUUUAGUUAUGUUCGUACCACUCCUAAGGCUCCAAUCUCAAAUUCGAUGGUGAAAAAGAAAACUGUUGUUGGUAAAGGAUCAACUGUGACUGGAACUGAUGCUGAUCUACGCAGGCUGAGCAUGGAAGCUGCUAGAGAGCUUCUCCUCAAAUUCAAUGUUCCAGAGGAACAGAUUGCAAAACAAACUCGAUGGCACCGAAUUGCUUUGAUACGCAAGCUGUCAAGUGAGCAAGCGGCAUCAGGUGUCAAGGUUGAUCCAACAACUGUCAGCAAGUUUGCUCGUGGACAAAGAAUGUCAUUCUUGCAACUGCAGCAGCAGACUAGAGAAAAAUGUCAGGAAAUAUGGGAUCGACAAGUUCAAAGUCUCUGUUCUGGUGAUGGGGAAGAAAAUGAGAGCGAAUCAGAGGCUAAUAGUGACUUGGAUUCAUUUGCUGGGGAUCUGGAAAAUCUUCUGGAUGCAGAAGAGGGUGAAGAGGAUAAUUAUGAGUCUAAGCAUGAUAACAUUGAUGGUGUCAGGGGACUAAAAAUGAGAAGGCGCCCAUUUCAAACCCAGGCAGAAGAAGAAAUUGAAGACGAGGCAGCAGAAGCAGCAGAAUUAUGCAAAAUGCUCAUGGAUGAUGAUGAAGCUGAUCGAAAGAAGAAGAAGAAGACAAGAGCAGCUGUUGAGCAAGUUGGGCUGGCUUACAAGUCAAAGUCCAUUCCUGAAAAUGCUGAUGGAAUUAAGAAAACUAAUGCAGCUUCUAAGAGAAUUGUGCAACCUGAGGGAUCCUUUGUAUCGAUGGAGAAAAUUACUAAAGAUCAGAAGGAGGUGGAAAGCUUGUCUGCUAAAAAGCCUCUGCUGGGUAAAUUAAAAGUCAAGAAGAAGAAUGAGAUUGAACAGAUGGGGUUACUGAACAAAAAAGUUAAAAUUCUGGCGGAUGGGAUGAAUGUGAUCAAGGAAAAGAAAUCAGCAAGAGAGAGUUUUGUCUGUGGAGCAUGUCGUCAGCUUGGUCAUAUGAGGACCAACAAGAACUGCCCCAAGUAUAGGGAAGACACCGAAACACGAGCAGAAAGCACAGACCUUGAGAAGUUAUCCUCCAAACCUAAUUUUGUAGAUCAAGCAGAGCAGUGCCAGCAGAAGCCUCUUACAAAGAAGGUCACACCAAAGAAUGGGAUAGAAACUGCUGGGUCAGAAGCACCAGAAGAUGACAAGCCUACUUCAAAGGCAAAAUUUCUGAAGGUCAAGUGUGGCGCAACUGACAAGCUUCCUGAUAGACAUACUCCCCCAACUUCACAGAGCUCUGACCGGCCAGUUAUUUCAGAUGCUGAAACAGGACAAAAAUCUGUUGUUAAAGUCAAUAAAAUAAUUUUUUCGAACAAGACGAAACCCGAAGACAUGCUGGUAGAAACCCCUAAGCCCUCCAUUGUAAUAAAGCCACCAGUGGAUGCGGAUAGAGACCAACCUCGCAAGAAAAUUAUAAUUAAACAGCCAAAGGAGAUAAUUAAUUUGGAUGACAAUAGCCAGGAUGGAAGUCCUGGCCUUGACUAUAGGAAAACAAAGAAAAUAAUCGAACUGUCAAGUUUGGACAAGCACCGAGAGCAUGAUAACAAACAUUUCUUUGAAGAGUCAUCACGAAUGAGAGAUCCAGAGGAUAACCCGUGGUGGGUGGAAGACAAGAGGAGAAAUGCUGAGAGACAACAAGAAGAAAGAAACAGGAGGGCAGAGAAAAUGAGGAUGAUUGAUGAGCAGCCAGCAUAUGAGUUGCUGAGAUACGAAGAAGCCAUACGAAGAGAAAGAGAAGAAGAAGAGCGCCAAAGGGCAAAGACGAAGAAGAAAAAGAAGAGAAAGCCUGAAAUAAAGGAUGAUUACUUAGAUGACCUUCCACCUAGAAGAAAUGACAGAAGGAUACAAGAGAGAGACAAAAUGGUGCGGAGGAGGCCGGAACCCGAGUAUGGUAAGCAUGCUCCAGACUAUGCCCAAGCUUCAAAGCGGCGACGAGGAGGAGAGGUUGGUUUGUCAAACAUCUUGGAAAACAUUGUGGAGACGCUUAGAGGAAAGAAAGAUAUAUCUUACCUAUUCAUAAAGCCAGUAACGAAAAAGGAAGCCCCUGACUAUCUGGACAUUAUCAGUCAUCCUAUGGAUUUAUCUACAAUCAGGGAUAAGGCAAGAAGGAUGGAGUACAAAAGCCGUGAUGAUUUCAGGCAUGAUGUGUACCAGAUCGUGUUCAAUGCCCAUAAAUAUAAUGACCGGCGUAAUCCAGGUAUUCCUCCUCUUGCGGAUCAACUUCUUGAGCUCUGUGACUUCUUGUUAGAUCAAUAUGAUGCAGAGUUGACAGAAGCUGAAGCUGGCAUUGAAUAAACACAUACCAUGGUAGGAUGGAUUUCUUUUCCUUUAUCCCGUUGUCAUUUUUUAGCACAAAUAGUCAAAUAACUUCUUUACUUGCAAUUGGGUCCUAUCACUUAUAUAGUUACCCGUAACGUGGCAAUUUUGAGAUAAGAAGCUUACCAGUUCUUGUAGUGUACAUACUGACAAGGUUUGUAUAUUGAUGAAAGUGGUCGAUCCCCAGCACUCGUAUAGGAAUGUUAGAUGCUGCCUAAGCGGAAUUACAGCUGAGGAAGUGUAUAGUAUAGAUAUGUGAAUAACAGCCUUAAAAUAUUCAUUCUUGGCUUCCGACCAUGUUGUUGUCUUUCAAUUGAGUUUUAAUGUUGUA